AUGAAGCUCAAUUGCUUUUACAUGACUGUAACAUUGACAUUCCGAAAUGAUGAGAAAAAGCAGAAUUUCAAUGUUUACAUUUUGGAAGACGAGAGUAUCAAGCAGGACUAUGUGAGAACUAUCAACGGAGUGAAAGCGCCGUCAGCUAUGAGAAAACGAAAGAAUCCGGAGGAAUUUGAGAUUGGUGGUAACACAAUGGCAGCUGAUCUAAAACUUAUGGAAGAUCUCACUCAACACUUCAAGAGUAUUUUCUACAUUGACGCCUACAACGUUACAUACUGUUUUUUGUUUGAUAUUUCCUUAUAA